AUGGUAAGUCUCGAUAUCUUGACAGUAUAUCGCCCCCCGAGAAAUGACCCUGACGCUGAUGCCCAACUUCUGGUGAAGCGCAGAUUAUUUUCAACGCGGCCGACUACUCUCAUCGUUGGAGAUUUUAAUGCACCUCACAUCGACUGGAGCUCAGCCUCAGCCGACUGCUCUGAAGCAGCAUUUGACCAGCAGCUACUGCGUACCUCCGACAACCUGCUUCUCGCACAACACGUAAUGUUUCCAAGGAGAGUUCGAGAGGGCCAACAGAUGAACUGCCUCGAUCUUGUGUUCACCAAGUCGUCUGACAACAUCGACGUUGUGAAUUGCCUCCCCCCGUUGGGUCAGGGUGAGCAUGUAGUUCUCAUGUGGGAAUACACAUUAUUCUCCCUGCCUGCACAACCGCUCGAUUCCCGACCUAAUAUUUGGCGCGGCGAUUUCAAACAGAUGAAAAAGGAUCUUAGUCCUAUCUACUGGGUAUCCACUCUCUCCGACGAUGUCGAAGAGGCUUGGUGUCAGUUCAAAGAGUUAGUCCACAACCUCAUCUCCAACCACUGCCCAAUCAUGCGCAGAAGACUAACAAAUAGACCUCGCUGGUUGACUCCGUCAUUAAAGAAGGAAGUUAACAAGAAGAGGAAGCUAUGGAAAAGAUCGCUGAUGGGUCGCACGCCAGAAUCCCUAAGCAGUUAUAAAUUACAGAGAAAUCGGGUCAAAAUUCUCAUCGCCAGAGAUAGGAAAGCUUUUGAAAAGAAUCCUUUGGACCGUGUUAUGAUUAAUCCAAAAAUCCUUUACAGCUACAUAAGACAGAGCACACGGAAAAAAGAUCCUGUCCCACUGCUGCGAACGGCUGAGGGUGUGGAAAUCUCCGAUGACAAGGAUAAGGCUGAACAUCUCUCUCAGUUCUUCCGAUCAGUCGUGACAAGUGAACCUGCUUUUUCCUCACCCGCUUAUGAAGACGAAGAAACGCCUACCCUCGAAGCCGUCUUCUUCACUGAAACAAUUGUUCGGAAUGAGUUACUAAACCUAAAAGAAUCGACCUCCCCAGGCCCUGAUGCAACCCCGGCCAAGCUGCUGAAGGAGCUAGCUCCCGAAAUGUCCAAGCCGUUAGCCUUGAUCUUUCAAACGUCAUUCGUUACUGGAUGCCUGCCCUCUGACUGGAAGUCCGCUACCAUCACUUCGCUUUUUAAGGGUGGAUGUCGUGCGUCUGCGAAUAACUACAGGCCAGUGAGCCUUACCUCCAUCUGUUGCAAAAUCAUGAAGAAGAUCAUUAAGAAGGCCAUGGUGCAGUUCCUCGAGCAGCCCCAUCUCCUUUCCGAUGCCCAACACGGCUUUCGAAGUGGUAGGUCCUGCCUCACGAAUGUGCUCUUUACGCUUGAAUGCUGGAGCAAAGCACGCGAUGAAGGCAAUGUGGUGCACGCCAUCUACAUCUACUUCAAAAAUGCUUUCGACAGCGUUCCUCACCAACGUCUCUUGUAUAAACUGCGCAACGCUGGAAUUCGUGGACGCCUUCUUGUAUGGAUUCAGAGCUUUUUGGCUGGACGGUCCCAAAGAGUGCAGGCCGGGCGUCAACAGUCCUCAGAUGUAAGCGUGGUGAGUGGCGUCCCACAGGGCUCAGUCCUAGGUCCCACGUUAUUUCUCGUUUUCAUAAAUGACUCCGUCAAGGACCUAGACUGUGAUGCCAUCCUGUUUGCCGACGACAUAAAAUUGUGGCAAUGCGGCAGACGCAGACCACCUGCAAGCAAACUUGAACAGGCUCGAAGACUGGUCGAAGCGCUGGCUUAUGCCCUUCAAUAUAAGCAAGUGUAA